UCAGGGCUACCAGGGCAUGGUGGAUGGAGGUGACAACAUCAAAGAGGCAUCAUGGGAAAGUGUUUCCAGUAUGUUACAAGUGGGUGGCACUGUGAUUGGCAGCGCCCGCUGUAAGGAUUUUCGUACCCAUGAGGGCCGUUUGGAUGCUGCUCUGAACCUGGUGCAGCGUGGCAUCACUAACUUGUGUGUGAUUGGUGGAGAUGGCAGUUUGACCGGGGCUAAUCUCUUCAGGGAGGAGUGGAGUGGACUCUUGGAUGAGCUUGUCCAGUCAGGUCAAAUCAGUGAAGAGGCUGCCCAAACUCAUUCUGCGUUGCAUAUCGUUGGGAUGGUGGGCUCUAUUGACAAUGAUUUCUGCGGGACAGAUAUGACCAUUGGCACUGACUCAGCACUGCACAGGAUUAUAGAGGUGGUGGACGCCAUAAUGACCACGGCACAAAGCCAUCAGAGGACCUUUGUGCUGGAGGUCAUGGGAAGACACUGUGGGUAUCUAGCAUUAGUCAGUGCUCUUGCAUGUGGAGCUGACUGGGUGCUGAUUCCAGAAAUGCCUCCCAAGGAUGGCUGGGAGGAACAGAUGUGUCAUAAACUAUCAGAGAAUCGUGCUGAUAAGAAAAGGCUUAAUAUCAUCAUAGUAGCUGAAGGUGCAAUAGACCAAAACAACAAGCCCAUAACCACAGAUCUUAUAAAGGACCUGGUGGUACGCUGUUUGGGGUUUGACACGCGGGUCACCAUUCUGGGUCACGUCCAGAGAGGAGGAACACCUUCUGCCUUUGACCGGAUUUUGGCGAGUCGUAUGGGAGUGGAAGCCGUGUUGGCCCUGUUAGAAGCGUCUCCUGGUACUCCAGCAUGUGUGGUGUCUCUGUGUGGGAACCAGGCUGUCAGGCUUCCUCUGAUGGAGUGCGUUCAGAUGACACAGGAGGUUCAGAAGGCCAUGGAUGAAAAGCGAUUUGAAGAAGCUGUAAAACUGCGUGGCAGAAGUUUCGAAAACAACCUGAACACUUACAAACUCCUGUCCCAUCGCAAAAUUGAUACUGAACUUCCACAUAGCUCAUUUAACGUGGCUGUGUUGAAUGUUGGCGCUCCUGCAGCUGGCAUGAAUGCAGCCGUGCGUUCGGCCGUCAGGGUGGGGAUCACCGAAGGCCACACUUUGUUUGCUGUAAAUGAUGGAUUUGAGGGCUUCUAUAAGGGACAGAUAAAAGAAAUCAAUUGGGGUGAUGUUGGGGGCUGGACAGGCCAGGGCGGGUCUCUGCUAGGAACAAAAAGAACUCUUCCAGCAAAGCACAUUGAUAAAAUUGCAGAACAGAUGAAGAUUCACAACAUUAACGCUUUACUGGUUAUUGGAGGUUUUGAGGCAUAUUUGGGGCUGUUGGAGCUGCAAGCAGCUCGUUCCAAACACGCAGAGCUUUGUGUUCCCAUGGUGAUGGUCCCGGCCACUGUGUCCAACAAUAUCCCCGGCUCAGACCUGAGUAUCGGGGCAGACACGGCCCUCAACGCCAUCACGGACGCCUUUGAGAGUUUGCUGCAGCUGGUCGAUGCCCGCAGCAGGUAUGAGGAGUUCUGUGUGCCCAUGUGCAUGCUGCCCGCCACCAUCAGUAAUAAUGUGUCCGGCACUGACCUCAGCAUUGGCGCUGACACCUCCCUCAAUGCCAUAGUGGAGACAUGUGAUCGUAUAAAGCAGUCGGCCAGCGGAACCAAGCGUCGUGUGUUCAUCAUUGAGACGAUGGGCGGUUACUGUGGUUACCUGGCAACGGUGGGCGGGCUGGCAGCUGGAGCGGAUGCAGCCUAUAUCUAUGAAGAGCCAUUUGACAUCCGAGACCUGCAGUCUAACGUUGAACAUUUAACUGAGAAGAUGAAGACCAGCAUCCAGAGAGGUUUAGUGCUCAGGAAUGAGAACUGCAGUGAGAACUACACCACUGACUUCAUCUACCAGCUGUACAGUGAAGAGGGCAAAGGAGUCUUUGACUGCAGGAAGAACAUCCUGGGACACAUGCAGCAGGGUGGUGCUCCUUCCCCAUUUGACAGGAACUUUGGCACCAAGAUCGCUGCUAAAGCCAUGCAGUGGAUCUCCAAGAAGCUCAAAGAGUUUUACAGAGAAGGUGAAGGCCGUGUGUUUGCGAACUCUGAGGAUUCUGCAUGUUUGUUGGGGAUGCGGUGCAGGGCCCUGGUCUUCCAGCCUGUCAUACAGCUGAAGGAUGAGACGGAUUUUGUUCACAGGAUCCCGAAGGAACAGUGGUGGCUCCGACUGCGUCCGCUCAUGAAGAUUCUGGCCAAGUACAAAACCAGCUACGACGUGUCCGAUUCAGGCCAGCUUGAACACAUCGUCCGUCUGAGGGCUAAAGACAUCUCUGCCAUUUAAAAGCAGCA